UAGAUGAUAAAGGAAAAAGUGAUUUUGAGAAGUGAAGUUUAUCAUGUGUAUUCAUCAGAAUAGUAGGAAAGAAUGAAGGUGUAUUUCGAUUUAUCAGAAAGUAAUGAUCACAUUGAUUUAAAUGGUAGAAUAUCAAAAGUGUUUGGAACCAUGUUAAAAGUUAGUUGAUGGAGAGAUUUGCAAAAAGAAUUGUGAAAGUAUCUUCGACGAAUACACUAAAUUACUACAGCAUCGCUACGAGGGAGACAAAAAGCAAUUAAUUGAUGCCAAAGUAUUUCACUCAUUCUAAGAAUUAGGUUUCUGGAUUGCCCACAUUUGAUAGUUUCAAGAGAAAGGACAGAGGCUUCUUUUAUAAAGUUUUCGGGUUUAAUUUCAGCGAAUUCUGGGAACCUGAUCAGAGACAAAUCAAGCAAAUCUGAAUAUGC